CGUGCGUAAAAGCGGUGGCACCAUUCACAGCUUGACGCACAACACGCCGGAUGACUUGUGAGUGGUUCCAAAGUCAGAUCAAAAGAGACGUAAACAGUCAGAUCUAUUUAAAAAAAAGAAAGAAGAAGAAGCAAAGAUAGAGCUGACAAAUACAGCACAUCAUCAUCUGUGACUCAACUGCUUACAGUCUAAUUCCUCAUACGACUACACUACUGUGAAGCUACGUGUAUGAUACGCUAGGAUGUGGAACACCUGCCUCACUGGAGUUCGCUCAGGGCGCACGGGGCGCACACAAACCUUUAGAAUUAUCGGAGGAGUUUAAUGUAGUGAUUAUUGGUCUUUCUUGUGCACGGACUGUUGAUUGAGACAAACUGGAUUGUUCCUUUUUUAUAGUUCAAAAUCACCUUUUCAUCGCUUUACUUCACAUUUUAAAGCGUGGGGGCUGCUCCGGCUUCUGUCUCGAAAGCAUGGGAAAAGAAGAAGGAGGAAAGAGUUUCUUCUAAAUCACUGGAAUCAAGCCACCACAUGGACUGUGAACAAUGGAGCAACAAGACCAAAACCUCUGGCAUCCCUUUUCAUCCGAGCUCAACUCCUCUACAUCCUCACCUAUCCUCUUCUCUUAUCCUCGCCUUUUCAACAUCUCCUCCAACAUUUCCACUCAGAGUGUCCCCUUUCAGGGUAGCAGCACUCUGAUGACCGCAGUCAUAUCCCUCACAGUCUUCGUGGUGGGUCUGACCGGCAACACUUUGGCGAUCUAUGUGGUGCUGCGCUAUGCCAAAAUGAAAACAGUCACCAAUAUCUACAUCCUGAACCUGGCUGUGGCUGAUGAGAUGUACAUCGUCGGGCUCCCCUUUCUUACCACACAGAAUGUACUCUCCUAUUGGCCCUUUGGCUCUUUCCUGUGCCGCGUGGUCAUGACUGCAGACUCCAUGAACCAGUUUACGUCUAUCUUCUGUCUCACAGUAAUGUCGAUUGACCGUUACCUGGCUGUGGUUCAUCCGAUACAUUUAACUCCUGCAACAUGAUCUGGCCAGAGCCGAAGGAUGUGUGGUCAACAGCCUUCAUUCUCUACACUGCCACAGUGGGUUUCUUUGGACCACUGCUCAUCAUUUGCCUCUGUUACCUUCUUAUUGUCAUCAAGGUGAAGUCCUCUGGGGCACGGGUUGGUUUCUCUAAACGCCGACGCUCAGAGCGCAAAGUGACCCGAAUGGUGGUGGUGAUUGUGGUGGUGUUUGUGCUCUGCUGGCUGCCGUUCUUCAUCAUCAAUAUGGUCAAUCUGGUGGUCAUCAUCCCGGAGUCCAGUGCCACUGCUGGCAUCUACUUCUUUGCUGUCAUCUUGUCUUAUGCCAACUCAUGUGCCAAUCCGUUUCUCUAUGGUUUCCUAUCAGACAACUUUAAACAGAGCUUCAGAAAAGUGCUGUGUGUGAGGACCAUGAGGUGCGUUGCCAAUGAUGUAGAUGAUGGUGACCCCAGUGUCCCGCGCACUGAGAAAACCACAGCACAAGACUGCAUCCUGCUGUCCCCGCGUAACCAGGUCUAUCACGAUCCCCAGAGCAGCCAGAUCUCACCUCACCCGCCGGGCUCACCAACGACUCACACUGCAGCAGACCUGCACCGCUCCACCCCUGCAUGUAAGUUUCAGUCCACUUACCCAGGAACCGGACCGGCCACUACCACAGCAGCCUCGAUGCUAAACUCUGUUGUAACUGCAGCUGAACCUCCCACAGUCACUGCCCUGACCACUAGCUCCUCCUCUGGUUAAUUAGGGCCACAUGAACAGUAGCAGAGAAACUCACAGAUGAACUGAGAAAGAAAAACAUAUUUUAAGGAUUAAGUGAUCGAAGUGGCAAAAUCGAUGCUUUUCUGCCUUUUUGUCAACUAUUUUAUUACUACCACACACACUCAUUCUACAUCCAUUAUAGCACAUUGGUGGAAAAAAAAAAUCACAACAUUUUUGUUUAUCAAGACCAAUUUUGUUCCUUUCAGCAGCCUGACAUAAGUGCCUUUCCAGCUAUAAUCAACACAGCUCCUAAAAUAAACAUUUACACCUUACUCCUUUCAUUUUAUGUUGGUCAUGUAACACUGAAGAAUGUAUUUACCUAUCAGAACCAAAAAGCCUCUUAGGACUUAUUUCAUUUGGUGGAUGUAAUUUCCUGCAGGUAGCAAAUAUGAGGGGUUUAUUUGAGCAUUAUAGGGUCCUCUCUACAACAGCUUUAAUCAAACAGCGCAGUAAUUCAUCAUAUUUUCUCGUUUCCAACUGCUGCUUAUUUCUGCUUUCUUACUUAAGUGGAUAAAUUGUGAUGAUUGAAUCCAACGUCUGUAUUUGCUUUGCUUAAAAGUCUUUUGUGAUCUCAUUUGCGUACCGUUGAGAAGUUUAAAAGAAAAAGGAAACAAAAUGAAAAACGGCUUGCUUGUCUUUUCUCAAAGUAAAUGUGAUGCUUUGGCAGCUCUAUGCUUCUCUGUAAAUAUGCAGCCCCCCUUAAAGCUAAAACGCCUGACCUUUUUGGAUAUAUGCUUCUUGCAUUUUGUUUUUGUGUUCAUGUGAUGUGUGUGCACAGUAAAGAUAAACUUUAUUUGAUGAACUGGCGAUACAAGGUGUUUUGCAAAAAUUACCAAAAAGAAAAAUAGAAAAUACACAAGAGAAAAAGAGAACAAUAGCAAUAUUAUUCACAAGAAAGGGACACAUUUAAACAUUAAAAAAGACCUUUCAACACAUUAUGCAAAUAUGAGUCUGUACAAGUGGGUUUUUAAAAGCUUCUGGAUUUGACACAGCUGAUCUGAAGGAGAAGGUAUAAAAGUCUGUUCCACAUUUGUUUUAAGCCCUUUUAAUAGGAACUGAUUCUCUGAUGUCAGGAAUCUGGGCACAGAAUAAUAGGCUAGCAUGUAAACAGAGCCAUUCCAGGUAACAGUCUGGUUAUUUGUGCCUGUUUUACUUUGCUCUACCCAGUGUAUGUAUUUAUUUUUUGUCUUUGCAAGAGUUGCGAUGUAGCAGCAUAUGUUGUUAUCAGCGCUGUUGGGUGUAAAAUAAAUGCUAGAGUAAAUCAGAUGAGACAGGAGACACUGUGUCUUUGGCCUUUGCAAUUGCAUCUAGAUCAUCUUAGGCAAGGCAAGGCAAGGCAAGUUUAUUUGUAUAGCACAAUUCAACAACAAGGUGAUUCAAAGUGCUUUACAGAGA